GCCGGUGCCCGGCCGCGCGUCGGACCGGUUCGCGGGCGCCGACUCUCGAUCGUAAGGCUUUUAACGCCUGGAGCGCAGAGGGCUCGUGUGUCGGUGGGUUUGAUGUUCCCCUCCCACGAAUGGUCCCAGACAAGUUUCCCGUUCGCUGUCCUGUCGGAUCGAGCACCCGCGACAGGAAUGGAGGGCAGAAAACUCAUUUCUGCAACAGACACCCAGUAUUCGGGCAUGCUGCUGCAGUCGUUGAAUGAACAACGCGGCCACGGACUUUUCUGUGACGUUACCGUCAUUGUGGAAGACCGGAAGUUUCGAGCCCACAGAAAUGUCCUUUCUGCCUCGAGCACGUAUUUUCACCAGCUCUUCUCAGUGGCAGGGCAGGUGGUUGAACUGAGCUUUAUCAGAGCAGAAAUAUUUGCAGAAAUACUCAACUAUAUUUACAGCUCUAAGUUAAACCGCAUUAGAUCCGAUCUACUUGAUGAGUUGAUUAAAUCAGGGCAGUUAUUAGGAAUUAAGUUCAUAGCUGAUCUGGGUGUACCUCUGUCACAAGUUAAAAGCAUAUCGGGUAGUGUCAAUGUUGGUACUGCAGAAAACUUACCUCCCGGCUCAGAUCAAGAGGGUCUUGAAACACAAAAGUCUGUAGCGGCGCACAGGAAUCAUGAUUUGAUUGGCGGGAUGCCUAUCAUAACAGAAUCCUUUACCUUGCAUGGCGAAGAAUAUGAGACUACAAAAAUUACAGUGAGUGAUUCAGAUGACGAGGACGACGAUGUUAUCUUUUGCUCGGAGAUUGUACCUGCAAAGGAACGUCCUUCAGAGACCAGCGCGGUGACCCAGAAUCAGCCUUGCCCAAAUCCUGCUGUGGUUCCUGACCAAAAGCCCUGUGGAAGCGGUGCCUCUCCCCCUCUAAAUACUAUCGCAAGCACUCAAGCGCUAACUUUGCCUGUCAGCCAGCUGACUCCAAACCAAACACAACCUAGCACUGAACCAUUCGCGUCCUCGGCCCCAACGCAUUUGACUCCUAAUGUCAUUUUGCUAAAUCAGUCUCAACUCAAUCCGUCCCCAAGCGUCAGUUCCUUGCAUGUGCCUCCUACAAUUAACUUGCUUGAGGACAGCCAGCAGCCAUCAGUUAAUGAUUCUUUAACUGAAAUGGAAACAACGGCCGUCGAGGAGGAGGAAGAGGAGGAGGAUGUGGAAGAUGAUGACGAUAUCAUUAGUUCGUCUGGCUCAGUCAGUAGCAGCUCUUUGGUUCAGCAGUCUUCUCCCCCAAAAGCUGCUGCAUUGGAAGGAUCGGGUGUACAGAAAAAACAAGUUGUUUCAUUUGCAGAAGAGCCAUCUUCCAACUCUGGAGAGUUCAAAAUAAAAAUCUCAGAUGUUCUUACUGAAAACAACAAGGAUGCCCCUGCAGGGAUAGCACCAAAACCUGUGAUGGAAGGUCAGAAGAUCAUUACUUUAGACACGGCUACUGAAAUAGAAGGCUUAUCCACAGGUUGCAAGGUGUAUGCAAAUAUUGGCGAGGAUACAUACGACAUAGUCAUUCCUGUAAAAGAUGAUCCUGAGGAAGGGGAAGCCAAGCUUGAUGAGAUGCCGAGAACAUCUGCGGAUGAUCCCGCAAACAGAAAGCGCAUGAAGGUAAAGCAUGAUGAUCACUAUGAGCUCAUAGUGGAUGGAAGGGUUUACUACAUUUGCAUUGUAUGCAAGAGAUCCUAUGUCUGCCUGACGAGUUUGCGGAGACACUUUAACGUUCAUUCCUGGGAGAAGAAAUAUCCAUGUCGAUACUGUGAGAAAGUUUUCCCACUUGCAGAAUACCGCACAAAGCAUGAGAUUCACCACACUGGUGAGCGAAGGUACCAGUGCUUGACAUGUGGUAAAUCUUUCAUCAACUAUCAGGUUAUGGCUUCCCACAUGAGAUCGGUUCACAGUCAAGAUCCUUCUGGAGAUGCCAAGCUUUAUCGUUUACAUCCAUGCAGGUCAUUGCAGAUCAGACAGUAUGCAUACAUUAGUGAUCGUACAAGUAGUAUACCCGUAAUAAAUGAGGAUGGAAUUGUUUAUCAUGUCGACACGGGAAAGGAUGGUGCUGAAGGAACAACCUCUACUCCUCCAGCCAAGCAAAUGACCUGGGAUGAUAUUUUCAUUCCGCAGGCAAAUGAUGCGAUUUUUAAACAAAAUCCCGCGGAGGGUAGUACUGAGUUUGAGUUUAUAAUACCAGAAUCUUACUGAAAUGUUCUAAAUUAUGCAAAAAGCUUCAGUACAGAAAGAGUGCAACUGUUUUUAAAUUAACUGCUAAAAAUAUUGAAAAAAAAUUGUUCAAGUGAAAAAGGUGACCUGUUGUACCAAGUCAUCAAAAGGUAGUACUUAGAUGGAUUAUUUGUAGCUGCAAAAUGGUUUGUAGAAGCAAUUUGUCCAAAAGUUUACUUGAAUACAGAAUAAGACAUUUCUGAGGAGCUGUCAAUGUUUUUCCUAGUUCAUUACUUUUGAUCACAAAAUGGAAAUUUAUAGCUUGAGGAGGUACAGUUCCUUUAAAAGGAUUACAAAUACUCUUAUUUGUUUUCUGAAAUAACGGGGUAUUUACUGUACCGAUGUUUAAUGUAAACCUUUUCUUUCAUGUUAGCACUUUAAUGCUGAAUUUUGUUUAGACAUUAACACCAAGACCAUAAUAAGAUUUUCAGCAUAAUCUUUUGGAUAUGGCAUAGUUUAAAAAACAAAACAAAAAAACCCUCCCACCACUCGUAUAUUGACUCUGUGAAUAGUGUAUUACUGCAGGGGUCCAAAAUAGCUGAUCCACUAGUUUGGAGACCAGUAUGUCUUCAAACCAGCAUCUUAGUUUUGUUUUUCAGGUCUGUAGGAAGCAGUUACCUUCAGAAAAAUGUUCAGACUGAUUAAAAAAAAAUGCCCAGUUUGGGCUAAACCAAGUAAGCUUUAUUUAUAUUUGGCAAUACAGUAAGCAGAGUAUUCAGUGGCUGGACCAUUAUAUUUUAUUCUUUUUGCAAUGGAGAAAAAAAUUCAAAAGACAAUAUCGGGGGUGGGGGGCAUUUAAGAAGAAGAUAAAGAAGGCUUGUGCAGCAUGUUCUUCAAACCGGGAAGAGUAAUGUCAGGCCUUUUUACUACUGAAGAAUAAGCAGGUAGUUUGGAAUAAGUUGCUGCUUUUCUGUUUUGUUCAUUACAGAGAAAGGUUUGGAUUAAAUAUUAAAAUAAUGUUUAUAAUACUCUUCCUAGCUGAAGGCUGCAGAUUAUACUUCCCAAAAAGAGAAAUUAUGUAAAUGAUGCCUCAUCUCGAUAGCUGAGAUUUAGAGACUGGCGUAGCUAGAUUUAAGCAAAGCAGAAAAGUUGUGAUUUUUUUUUUUUUAAAUCCAGCAGGAAGGGAUACAGUCAAGAGGACUGAAACCACAAUCAAGUUUUUUGAAAAAAAAACACACAUAGAAACGCAGUAAAAUCUUUGUAUAAUUUCCUUGGCAGAGGCAUAUUGAUGUUUCAUUUUCACUUUUAAGUUUAUAAUGCCUUUUCCCCCCCUUGCAAUUGGUACAUAUUUAGGCACUUAGAAAAUAGUUAGUAAAAGUCCAACUUGAACAAGGAAUGUUAGAUCCGAAAGAAAGCUGAUCAGCACAGUCAUAGUCUAGCAUUUCUGAUCUAGUGACUUGUCGAGUCUUUGUAAAUGGUAAUAUGAAAAUUACACAGAGGUUUUAUAGAUGACUGAAAAGGAUUGUUGUGCAUAGUAUUAGUUAGUUAUCAGUAAUCUUGCAUUACAUUUCUUACCUAAACUGCAGUUAAGGAUUUUUCUUCUCAUUUUCAUGUUUUUAAGAAAAAUACUUCCAUGUUCAGACCAACAUUUCCUUAUCUUAUGACCUUCAACCUUAAAUUUCCAUAUAUCUGUAAUUUUUAACAGACAGAUGAAUUCUGUUUCAAGGUAAAAGGUUUAACUGUAACUUAAGCUAUAAUUAAAGGGUACCAUAAAUCAGUGUUUGUAAUAACGGGAAGCAAAAAAAGAGAAUUUGUUUACCUUUUUAAGUGAAAUACUUGGCCCUUCUGUUUUCUAGGCUGAGCGUAUAAUGUUGUAGGAAUGUUGAAAAUCGUAUUGUAAACUAAGCAUUUUAAAAUUGGGAUUUAAAAUUCAGUUCAAAACUUUGUGCAUUUGCAAAAUCACAGAAUAGUUUGAUUUUCGUGUAGAUGUUGGUAAACUGCCCUUUGGACAGAAGGGACGUGUUUUUAAAUGUUAUAGGUUGGAUGUUGUUGGAGAUGGUAUUUCAGCAGUUAAACAGAAUCCUCUGACUUAUCUAACUGUAUGCCACAUACAAAUUUUGUAGUCCUUUGUCGUAAGAAAUAAGGGUAUUUUUUUUAACAACAUCAUGAGACAUCUGGAAUUAUACAUACCUUGCAAGAUAUACAUUCAGUAAUAAUGGAAAAUAACAGCUUCAAUAUUUGCUGCUGAAAAGUUUUUUAAUUCUUAAAUUUAACUGUGCCUACUACAGGUGUCUUUAGAGGAAAACUGGAAAAAUAGGGGUUAAAAGUUGUAUUUUUGCUAGAAGACUCGUGUUUGCAUGUGUCUCAGGGUCUUCAGUUUUCCUUGGAAGUGAUUUUUAAUAUCCAAAGUCCAGAGGUCAUGUAAAAUACACUUUUUAAUUUCACUUCCAGUAUUUAUUGGGUUGGAAACAUGCUAGACCCCUUCUUUUGACUUUCCGUGGGGCCAUAAGCUUUUAUAUUUAGAUUUCUGGCUAUUGCACUAUAGGACUUUUUUUAAACCUUAGCUUCCAGUUUUACUUCAUUCAAAACCUCCAGUAAACAUCAAAGAAUUGGUUCUCAGCAGAAAAUUGGAUUUACACUGACUGGUUGAAUCUGAAAAUGCCUGUAAAUAACUAGAAUUAUAACACUGAGCAGAGAUCCUGUAGUAAACUAGAUCAUUUUCAAAAUCAUGUAUAAAAACACCUGAUCUGCUGCAAGAUGUAACAACAGUGGCUGAGUCCUUGCUGUAUGGUUCCUAUGGGAAUUUUUACCACAGCAUUCCACUAUAUGAAUAAAACAAAUGUGGAAAUAACAAAAUUCAUAGAUUGCUUAUUUAUUUUGUACUGUUAAGGCAUGCAGCUUAUAAAAAGAUGCAAAAGCUGACAACUGUACACAUUGAACAUUGGGUUCUCCAGCUGUUACCUAACUCCUCUGUGUGAAGCAUUGUUCAUUUUUUUUUACCAAUGCUGUAGUGUAUAUACUUGUACAGCCUUUUCCUUGGCAUACUUUUUAAAGUUGUGUUCUACUUUUCAUUAACCAAUACUUGAUAUUAGUUCUUAGAGCUUUCUAUGGCAAAAAUAAAAGGUUUUAAUUCUA